CUCGUCUUUCAAGGCACUUUUUCAAGCCGUUGCGUGAGGAACGUUCUUCCCCCGCGCAGCCUUGAAGAAUGCGGAGGUCUUUAUUUGACGAGCCUCUGCCCUCGCCGACGACUUUGGCGCAGAGACUGCAGAUCUUGUCAAUGCUGUUCGGCGGCUUCUUUUUCUUCAUCGCAAUUUUGAGUCUUCACGUGCUUAGCAACAAUAUUUGCAUCUGCUUGUUUUUCCCCUCAAUCUCUUCAUUCAUGAACAUUCUCUCUUUUGCCGGCCCACCUCACAGCUCCUCCACCAGCCAAUGGGAAAGAAGAGCACUGAGAGCAGUGCAUGUGUGUGUGUGUGUGUGUGUGCGUGUGUGUGUAUGUGUGGAAGGAAGAGGGGCAUAUAAUAGCGGCGAGUAAACGAGAGGGUCGGCCCUCCCUGCACUUGCUUGCCAAGCUCACUCUGGUCGAGUGAGGAACAACCUCGGAGGAGAUUGUUCGGCGAGGUUAGGGUGCAAACAGAAGGCGGCCCUCUUAAAAAUGGGGUCUGCGGAGAGUUUUUAAGAAGAAGAGGAAGGAAUCAUGAACGGCACGGGGCAGGAAGGUCUGAUUCCGGGCUACCGCAACCGCAGCCAAACGUCGCUCCCCAAAGAGGACCCGCAGGUUCCCGAGCGGGAUUCUUCAGCGGGAUGUUAUGACCAGCUGCUGAUCUCCACUGAGGUCUUCCUGACUCUGGGCAUCAUCAGCCUGCUGGAGAACGUCCUGGUGGUGGUGGCCGUCGUCAAGAACAAGAACCUGCACUCGCCCAUGUACUUCUUCAUCUGCAGCCUGGCCGUGGCUGACAUGCUGGUGAGCGCCUCCAAUGCCUCGGAAACCAUCGUCAUCGCGCUCAUCAAAGGCGGCACGCUGAACAUCCCGGUGCAGCUCAUCAAGUGCAUGGACAAUGUCUUCGACUCCAUGAUCUGCAGCUCGCUGCUGGCGUCCAUCUGCAGCCUGCUGGCCAUCGCCGUCGACCGUUACAUCACCAUCUUCUACGCGCUGCGCUACCACAACAUCGUCACCCUGAGGAGAGCCACGCUGGUCAUCGGCAGCAUCUGGACCUGCUGCGUCGCGUCGGGCAUCCUCUUCAUCAUCUACUCGGAGAGCACCACCGUGCUGGUGUGCCUCAUCGGCAUGUUCUUCACCAUGCUGGUGCUCAUGGCCUCACUGUACGUGCACAUGUUCCUGCUGGCGCGGCUGCACAUGAAGCGCAUCGCCGGGCUGCCGGGCCAGGCGCCGGUCCAGCAACGCGCCAACAUGAAGGGCGCCAUCACGCUCACCAUCCUGCUGGGUGUCUUCGUGGUGUGCUGGGCGCCCUUCUUCCUGCACCUCGUCCUCAUGAUCAGCUGCCCCCGCAACCCCUACUGCACCUGCUUCAUGUCGCACUUCAACAUGUACCUCAUCCUCAUCAUGUGCAACUCCGUCAUCGACCCCAUCAUCUACGCCUUCAGGAGCCAGGAGAUGAGGAAGACCUUCAGGGAGAUGAUCUUCUGCUCCAACACCCUCGUGUGCUUGUGAACGUUAAGCUUUUCGGCUUCGAUCGGGUUGACCUGCGGUUGGUUUUACGAAGGGAGCCUUCCUUCAAAGUGCAAAGUUGAGGACAAAUGUUGACUGAAACAUCUUCAACCUCAUGUUUUAAACGAAACAAAAUCCCUCAUCGAUCCCAUCAUCGUUGCCUUCAGGAUCUCCUUCAGGACAAGAGGAAGACCUUCAAGUAGAUCUUCUGCUGCUCAAACACCCUCGCGUGCCCGUGAACUUUCAACUUUUCGGCUUUGAUCGGGUUCCCAGGGGGACUUGGUUUUACCAAGCGAGCCUUCCAUCAAAGUGCAAAGAAUGUGGACUAAAAAAUCUUCAUCCUCACAUUUAAAAUGAUGUGCGUAUGUAUUUUGCACAAGAUGGUCUUGAAUGUAAUUAAACCACACCGAUGAGACAAAGGUAUUGGGACACCUACAUGUAUUCUUCUGGGGAAGACUUUAUAUAUAUGGUUCAUCCAUAUAUAUAAAAACAUUUUCAAGGACAAUCUACCAUCCAACCAUCCUUCCCCAAAGUGUUCCCACAGAGUCUGAGGCAUCCACUUGUCGAAAAUGUCUUAACAAGAUCAAUAGGAAAACUACUAACGGCUCCACUCCAGCGAGUGCUUGAGUCACUGAUUGAGUUAGAGCCGUGUCCCAAUAGUUUUGUCCACACAGUGCAGAUGGAAAAUUGACAAUUUCAGCCUUCUGCUAAUAUUCCCAUGCAUGCCCCUAAGGGAGCGUGUGGGACAAAACAGGAAGUCUGCAAAGCGAUGUCUGGUCAUCUGAUCAGAGACGAAUAAAAAAGGAAAAGCGGCGACUGCACCUGACCGACUGAGUCGGCGUAACAAUUCAACAAACAUACGCUCGCUACAAAGACUUUAAGUGUCUCUGCCGUUGCCGUGGGACUCGCAGUUCCUCCCCGCACCACUCCCCUUCACCCCUGCACCCAAAAAGCCAGGAACGUGGCCUCGGGCAAUCAUGAGCCGAGAGAGAGCACACAAACGACGGCUUGUUGCACUCAUGCAAAGUUCUCGCCGAGCUCCGAUGAAGUACAAUCACCACUUGCGCAAAACAGCUGAAUGAGCCUGACUUAUCAAACUCUUGACAUUCCACUUCAAUUGUACUCAAAAAGUACUCUUACGAUAAUGAAUCGAUAAGAAAAAAGUAGGACUUCUUACAAAAUAUGCUUUUUAUUCUUAAAAAAAUAGGAUAACUAAAAAUACGCCAUUUGUUCUAAAGCUUAUAAUGGGACUUUAUUCCUGUAAUUAUACAUCAUUUAUUUAAAAAAAAAAAAAAAAUGACUACAUGUAUGCAGGAAUGUCAGACUUCUGUGAUUAUACAUCAUAUAUAUAUAUAGUUUUUAUAUUACGCAUUAUACAUCAAGCUAUGAUAGAGAGAAGUCAUUGAUUUGGUUGUACAGUUUGAGAACAUCUAGUCUAGAUCGACUUUUUCACCCAAACUCACUCACAAAUGAUCACGCUGAGCCGAUGUGGAAGUGACUUGCGAGUGGACCCUCCAGGUAAACACUCUUUAAAUUGACGUUCAUGUGGUGGCUUUCAUCAGUUCGUGCAAAGCUGUAAUUGUGUCGAUUUGCCGUUGUGCCGUGUCCUUGUGGUGUUUACUCUGCGCGAGCUGUCCGUCAAGCUGAACGGGCGCUAUGGUUACAGCCCGCCGCGCUUCGCCGGCUACGCGAGUGUCGAUAACGAUGGGGCGGCCGUCGUGUCGCAUGUCGUUCGGAAUUAAGACCACACGUGGCUGCAGGGGCGAUACGAGGAAAGAUGUCUUGUGGAAAUUUUUUUUUUUAGAAAUUGUCAGAGAUGAGACAUAGGCCAGACUUUAGAAUUGCUAGAAUCUGAAAUUAGCUCGUUUCAUGUAUGUAAAUGUAAUUUGAUUUGGUGUUUGCUUAAUGUUGAUUAAUGCUGCUCUGCAACAUUUGUGAGACCCUGCUGAAAAAAAAGUUGACUAAAACAUCAUCUG